AUGUUUGAUGUAGACCGUAUAUUCGUCACCAAUCCUCCCUCCAAAUUAUUUAACACAGCAUGUACCCUGACACAGUGCACCGCUACAGCCAACUUCCAGAAUGAAGUCAAGAGUUGGAUGUCCAAUGCUCUCACACUAAAGGAGGCAGAUUGGCAGGCUAAUAAAAAACCUGAACUUAUUGAUGAAUAUUAUUUUUGCGAUCUCGCUUUAAAUGUUAUCGGGAUUCUUGAGGGAGCCAUAAAAGAGGUUGCAGUCAUUCUGGGAAAUGAUAAAGCUCAGAGAAUUUGGUUGCAGAUGGGCAGCUUCCUAAUGAGUUAUAAGAACUCCAUGGAGGAAUAUCUUAAAAGCCAGCAGAUGAACAUGACUGAAAUCCUGAAAGCCCAGCUGUUUAAUAUAAGCAAGAUAAGGGAUUAUAUAGAGAAACAGGAGACUCUUCGAGAAGAAGUGAAAGUAGCCUGGCUGUCAACUGUAUCAGAGCUAAGACACUCCUGUCACAAGUACUUCCUCAGCCCCAUACACAAGGAUCUCAAGGUCAUUUACUGUAAAUUAUGGACUCCACCCUGGUUUACAGAGCAUGACGAGAUUAUUGCUAAACUAGAAGAUGCACUGAAUGAGAAAAUUCAGUCACUGAAGGACCUACACUGUGCCUGUCGAAAGGAGCUGUUAAGUCAGCUGCAUUUUGAGGUGAUGAUUGAAUAUGUCAAGAGGAUGUUAAAGAGGAAACUGAAACUAAAAAACAAGGACAAGCAGGAGGCAGCGGCACGCUUUCUGUGUGAGGACAAUGACAGAAUCAGCACUCUAUUUUAUAGAAAUGGAUCGGAGAAGGAAUGGCUAUCUGAAAUUUUGCCUAGAGUUUCAGAAGUGAUAAAGGAGCAAGAUCCAGAAAACCUUGAACUAGAAAUCUGUGUACUGCUAAAACACCACCCUGACCUCAGUGAACGUCAGGUCUGUCAGCUCUUGCAGCUGAAAAGUAGAUGUCCAGAUGUGUACAUGGUCAGAGAGUGUUACCAUCAGACUGUGAACAACCUGGAAGUCUCUGAGCCGAAUCCAACUUUCUUCUGCCAUGUGCCUAGUAGUAUCUCACUGAGCUUCUAUCCUUGUUUAUGCAUGCUCCCCUUCUUUCGUUGAU